CCGUAACACAGAACAGCACAGGAGCCAGCCCCAGGACCAGAGGAGAAGGACAGCAGCAGCACGGCGGUGGCACAGAAGGAAUGACACCAGUGGGAAAGAAUCCCAGAGGGGCACCGGUAGCCCCUCCUGAUGGAGGCUGGGGAUGGAUGGUUGUGGCCGGCUGCUUCCUAGUCACCAUCUGCACCCGUGCUGUCACCAGAUGUGUGUCAAUCUUCUUUGUGGAGUUCCAGAUGCACUUUGAUCAGGACUACUCUGGCACGGCCUGGAUCCACUCGCUAGUCGACUGCACCACCUUCCUCUUUGCUCCUCUUGGCAGCUUCAUCGGGAACCGUCUGUCCACCCAAGCCACUGUGAUCAUGGGAGGCGUCCUGUCCUCUGCAGGCCUGAUCCUCAGCUCCUUCGCCACCAGUCUGGAGUACCUCUACCUCACCCUGGGGGUCCUCACAGGGUUGGGAUUUGCCCUCAGCUACACCCCAGCGGUGGCCAUGGUUGGGUCCUAUUUCAACGAGAGGAAAGCACUGGCCUAUGGGAUGGCAAUGUCUGGGACUGGCAUUGGGACCUUCAUCCUGGCCCCUGCUGUUCAUCUCCUGAUUGAACGCUACUCCUGGAGGGGGGCCCUGCUUAUUCUGGGAGGGUUUGUGUCCAACCUGUGUGUCUGCGGGGCCCUUAUGAGGCCCCUGGUGCCUAAAGGGAGAGGACAGAGGCAGCACAAGACAGCAGAGCUUGAGAAUGGGUAUGCCAUCCUACUGGUGGAUGCCAAGCUAGCAGAGGGGAAGGUAAUGGACACAACACUUCCAGGCUUAAAGCCGUUGGACCCCAAUACAGAGGUUGUGAAUGUAACAGAUGUGAAGAUUGAAACGGAUAAACUUGCAGAAAUUAAACUCACUGAAAUGAAACUAGCAGAGGCACUCCUUGCGAAUGUACAACUAGCUGACUCGAGGCUGGCAGACAUGACGAUAGUAGAGGGCAUGGUUGUGAAUGUGAAUAGUGCAUUAACAGAGAAAAUGCUUGAAGAGAUCAAGCUAGCGGAUCAAAAUCUAGCCAACGGGAAGCUAAAGGACAUUAAACUAAUGGAGAAUCUUGUCAUCGGUAGCCAGCUAGCUGAUGUUAAGCCUGUGGACACAAAGGUUGCUGAUGCAAAACUAGCGGAGUUAGUAGAUGCCAAGGUUCUGGCUGGCCUGGCUGCCCCUGGGCCAAUGGGUCCUCUGGCAGGGCCUAAGCUGGGAGGGUGCUUCUGCCUGCAGUCAAUGGAGGAGUUUAGCUUCCUGCUGAUGCCUGACUUCAUGCUGCUGUCCGUGUCCUUCCUGUUCCUGGCGUACGGCUGCAGUGUGCCCUUUGCCUACCUGGUGCCUUAUGCCCUCAGUGUGGGGGUGGAGCACCAGCAGGCUGCCUUCCUCAUGUCCAUCCUGGGGGUCACCGGAAUCGUAGGAAACAUCACGUUCAGCUGGCUCACUGACAGGAAGUGUGUGAAGAAGUACCGGAAAGUGAGCUUCAUGUUUGCUGUGGGUAUGGAGGGUCUGUCCUGCCUCCUGAUCCCUCUGCUACGUUCCUUUACCCUGCUGGUGCCUUUCUCCAUGCUCUAUGGGUAUUUUGACGGCGCCUACACUGCCCUCAUACCAGUGGUGACGUCUGACUUGGUGGGCUCAUCGUACCUAUCCUCAGCCCUGGGUGUGGUCAACUUCUUACAUGCCAUACCCUACCUGGUUAGCCCACCAAUAGGAGGCUGGUUGGUGGACUGGACUGGCGACUAUACUGCUGCAUUCUUCCUCAGUGGAUUCUCUCUUAUACUCAGCCCACUCUUCCUGGCUUCUGUCAUGCUGAUCCAACGAUGCUGGAGGACACAGACAUACUCCACUAGCGAUGUCGAUUCAAAGUUCGCCUCCUUGAAGAAUGACCAAAUGGAUCUACCGACGUACAAGGCAGCACAUGAUGAACCAAAGCUAGCAGGGACCGUCCCAGCGUGUUAAGAAAUGUUUUGUAAGCAUUUUUUUAUUGAGUGAGUGGACGUUAUUGCAAUACCAAAGUGUGUUGUUCCUUAAUGGAAGCAAAACAAUAAUGUUCCAGGAAAAACAACAUGCAGUUAUUCCUGUCAAACUUGGGAAAAUCCUAUAACACCAUCACAAAUUCUGUGUUGAUUAAAAGUCAGGAAAAGUUUCUAUCUUUCUUUCUUUAAAUAAAAGUUGAUUAAGAAUUGGUGGCUCUGUAGAAUAACACAUCACUUAGUACCAGUGAUGUUUGUUUUAUUAUUUUGAAGAUUAGCAAUUGUUCAGAUUAUGACUACAUUAAACAUGUAACACCAAAGUUAUGCAAUAAUAACAUACAUUUGUGUAUGACAUGAAAUAUAUUGCACUAAAAUUCACUGAAGAGAAGCUAUUUUUACUGGGCAUUUCCAUGUAAAAGGACCCAUGAGCACCAACAUGCGAAGUGCAUUGGAGCGUGUCAAAUGAAAGCUAAGAGUCGAUAUUUUUGAGAGUAAGGCAUAUAUACAUUUUCAACAAUAUUCCAUCCUAAAAAUGUUGAAUCAGCAAAAGCUUUGAUUUCUGGUCAAACAGAUGGAAAAGGGGUCUUAGACAAUAUCUACCAGAAAAAGUCUUAAAAGG